AUGUCGGGUGGACUAGUUCUAUACGCACUCAGCGCAGCUUUCGCAGCCUGGAUUCUGUUCUUCGUCUACCGACAACUAGCAUCUCCUCUGCGUCACAUACCGGGUCCCUUCUGGACACGUUUCACUCGGGCAUGGUAUCUGUACCGGCUAUCGCAGGGCCAUUUUGAGAAGGAAAAUAUCGAUCUUCAUAACGAGUUUGGCUCCAUUGUCCGCAUCGCUCCCGGCUGGUAUAGUUGCAGCGGUACCGAAGCCAUCAAGAAGAUCUAUGGGCUCGGGUCCAAGUUUACCAAGUCGGAUUGGCUAUUUGCAGGCCUCUACUCGCUUACUUCGUUAAUGAGCUAUGAGCCAUUUGUGAAUCGCUGUAUUGACCUAUUCGUUGAUCGAUUGUCUGAGUUUUCGCAAACGAAUGAAGAGAUUGAUCUCGGACACUGGAUGCAGUGCUAUGCAUUUGACGUUAUUGGAUGCAUCACUUUCGGGGAGAGAUUAGGGUUCUUAGACAGUGGCGAAGACAUUGAAGGCGUAAUCCGCGCGGUUGAUUCGAUCCCUGGCUUUGCAUCAUUAUCAGGAAUAUAUUCCGAAUGGCAUUCACUCUUAUACAAAAUCAACAGUUAUCUAACAACAUCUGGGGCCAGUGGACGCAAUUUUUUAGCGAGUUUUGCGAGAGAGAAGAUUACAAACCAUAAGCAACAGCAACAGAAAGACCUAGCAGAAAAAACGCAGGAACCAGAUGGCAUUGGCAGUACAAUCGUCAAUCAAGGCGAAGAUGGGACCACAUCGCGAGAGCCCUUCAUGACAAAGAUGAUUCGAGCGCAGCUCCAGAACCCAGAAAAGGUCUCGGAUUACCACUUGAUCAUGCUUGCACGUAGUAACAUGGGAGCCGGAUUUGACACGACAGCAAUCAGUCUUUCGUCUAUAAUCUACCAUCUGAUCAAGACCCCUCGUGUGGUACAAAAAUUACGAGCCGAGUUCGACGCGGCGAGAAAAGCCGGUAGACUCAGUGACCGCGUCACGUUCCACGAGAGUCAGGAUCUCCCUUACUUUCAGGCAGUUAUGAAAGAGGCCCUACGCAUGCAUUCUGCUACCGGGCUUCCACUGUGGCGUGUUGUCCCAGAAGGGGGAGUUGAGCUGAAUGGAGUGCAUUUCCCCGAAGGGACUAUCCUAGGCAUAAAUAGCUGGGUUUCGCAUUAUAAUAAAGACGUCUUCACAAACCCGACUGAGUUCUGUCCGGAGCGAUGGAUUGAGCAAGACGAGGCGAAGCUCAAGACUAUGAAUGAUAUGUAUAUGCCGUUUGGACUCGGUUCACGAACCUGCAUUGGACGGCACAUUUCGAUAUUGGAAAUGUCAAAAUUGAUUCCCGUACUUGUAGACAGGUUUGAUUUUGUCAUGGCUUCUUCUGCAUCUCCUUCCGGGGAGAGUAAAUGGGAGACUGAGAACUUCUGGUUCGUCAAACCCCGAAACUUCAGGGUGCGAGUAUAUCAAAAGGGGUUGAGAGAUUAA